AUGGACUACAGCACAGAGUUGAUACGUCUCAAUAAGGACGAAGAGUUUGAAUACUUCAACUUAAAUAGAGCAGGUAAAAACUUGGGCAAGUUCACAGCAUGGAACAUCGAUGAACAUACUCUGUUUAGACAGGCACUUGAAUCAGCGGCGGACCCAACCAAUGUUGCAUUGAUAGCUGCGAGCAUACAGACUAGAUCAGUGGAUCAGGUGGAUGUACAUUUGAAGGUCUACCAGAAUCAUUGCAACAAACAGGUCAGUCAACAGAGUAAUCCAUUCCUGUCGAAUCUCACAAACAGUUUGUUCAAAGGCGUGAUCGACUCGUUGGGCAAGGAUCCAGUGUCACCUCUGUCUGGCGGCGGCUCAACGCCCACACAGUUCCUGACAGUCCCCUCGCCAUCGACAUCGUCGUCGCCAUCACUUGGACCCACAUCAUCGUCGUCGCCAGGCGCCUCGAACCCUUCGUCGCCAGCGUCGUCAUCUGGCAAGAUCAGCUUACACCUUGCCUCACAUGCGAUACCUACUGCACUCCAACCGACAGCAUCAAAGAACGUUGUUGUUACCGAUGCCACGACCACACCGGCACAUGCCACCGGCACGCAGUCCAGUCAGGUGGAGACCAAACACUUGAUAAACAAUUCUGCGCCAAAGCCCAAGUCAAAGAAGGAUCAAAAGAUACUGAGUGAGCCGUGGUCGGCCGAAGAUCAGAAGCGAUUAGAAGAGGCACUCACCAAGUAUCCAUCAUCUCGCUACAGCAGUGUGUCCAGAUGGCAAGCCAUCUCCAAAGAGCUAGGCAUACCUCCAAAGACUGUAGCACUGCGUUACAAUCAAAUGUUAGAUAACUUGACUGGAAGGAAGGAGGCAGCACCUGUUGAGGAUGAACAAGAGGAUAGUACACAGACAAAGGGCAAGAGAAAGGCUGCUGCAGGGAGGACGACAGCGAAGCAGCCAGCCGCGACAAAGAAGGGAAAGAAGGACACGACGUCGACCACAUCAGAUAAGGGACUGCCGCCUCUGCCUCUGCCACAGCCAAUGGCCAAGCAAGCGUCGUCUACUACAAUCCAGCAACCACCACCUCCACCUGCCAAGCGCGAGCCAACCAUCCACCACCUGAACUUCAACCCUGAGAAGGCCGACCAACUCAUCCAACGAAACUCAGCGCUGAUCGAUCAGAUUCGCUCAGACAUCAUGUACACCGGCUCGACCAAAGUCGACCAUUUGGAGCAAUACAAGAACAACAUCACCGAGGCAUUGAAAUGCACAAUGAUAUGGUCACCAGAUAGCAAUGAGAUGCCACCACUGCCUGUAAAGGUUAAUGAUAUGAUUAUAACGAUGAAGACGAAUAUGAAGCAGUGGAAUCCUUUGCCAAAGGUGGCAGCUGAAUGGAGCCUGUCAGUGGAGGAGGCAACGGGUGGUCUGAUCCAUCAGGAUCACUCCUCUCCCUCAACAUCAAGUCCAUCAAUCGACACACUCUAG